CGCGAUAACAUCUAAACACACGGGCUACAACUUAUUCUAGGAAUUUCCUAAUGAUUCCUAAUGAAUAAAAACGAUUAUAAAUAUAGGAUUUGUAUUGUUAGUUUGAGACCAAAGCAAAAGUACAACGGAACCUUUUAAGCCGAGAGAAAAACCGGUUUUUGUGUGCAGUACGCCUUAUUAACGCGAGGGGGCGGUAAGCAACCAGUUACCUCCAACAAUGUUAAUGGUCUUUGUUUUUUAGCAGUUUCCUGCUUAUUCCAAACCUUGACACAAUGUACGACAGUUACCAGUAUGAUCAGCAUCAACUUGAGGAACAGAGUGGAGAUCCAUAUCGCAGCAUGGACUUUUAUUCUGAAAAUCCAACUGAGGAGUCUGUGAUGAGACAGCAGCCCGUCCACUGCGGUCCGUCACUUCAUCAAGAACCACGCUACAGCAUCUAUCCUCCACCCUCCAACCACAACCAGGUGCAGCCCUGCCAGCAGAGCUUCCGGGAGCAUCAGUACCAACAUCAGGCUUCAGCGCCGAACCCCCAGCAGCGACCGGCAUCAGAGUUUCAGCACCAUUAUCCUCCUUCAGCUUUGCACCAUCCUCAGCAGCAUCAACAAACCUCAUCCGAGUUCUACCCUCAGCCACAGCAGAAUCCUUCAGCCCUGUAUCACCCGUACCAUCAGCAGCAGCCGAACGCCGAGCUCCACUCGCAGCAGCACCAACAUCAUCCUUCAGCCGUGUACCACCCUUACCAUCAAUCCCAGCAGCAGACUCACGCUGAGCAGCACUCUCAACAUCACCCUUCAGCUCUGAGUUACCCCCACUAUCAGAUGCAGGAGCAGCCCCCAUCCCAGCUGCCCCCCCAGCAUCAGUAUACAGUACAGCAGGGAGGACCGAGUAUUCACUUCAAGACUGAGCCUUCUGAUGUACCUCCACCUGUGACUCCAGUGAAGAAGAAGAGAGGUCGACCUUCCAAGCAGCAGACGGAGGAAGAAACUCCUGAAGCGGAGAAUGAAAUCGAAGCCGCCAAAAAAGCCAAGAGGACUCUGAACCGCUUUAACGGCAUGUCAGUGGAAGAAGUCAUGGCCAAAACUCUGCCCGACGUCAUCACCUAUGAUUUGGAUAUUUUGAUAAUUGGUAUUAAUCCAGGACUGUUGUCAGCAUUCAAAGGACACCAUUACCCAAACCCGGGAAAUCAUUUCUGGAAAUGUCUGUUUCUGUCUGGUCUGACUGAACAGCAGCUCAACUACAUGCACGAUCAGAGCCUGCCGGAGAAGUACAGCAUCGGCUUCACCAACAUGGUCGAGAGGACCACACCGGGAAGCAAGGACCUCUCCAGUAAGGAGAUUCGUGAAGGAGGUCGACAGUUACUUGAAAAGCUGCAAAAAUACAAACCAUUAAUAGCAGCUUUUAAUGGCAAAGGCAUUUAUGAAAUCUUUUGCAAAGAAAUCUUUGGUGUGAAAGCCAAAAAUCUGGACUUUGGGCUGCAGCCCUACAAGAUCCCAGAGACUCAAACGGUUUGCUUUUUAAUGCCGUCAUCGAGCCCCCGCUGUGCACAGUUUCCACGUGCACAAGAUAAGGUGCAUUUUUACAUCAAGCUGAAGGACCUGCGGGAUCAGAUGAAAGGCCUGGUCCCCGGCGGCGAGGUGAUGGAGACACAGUACUCCUUUGACCUGCAGCUCGCUAAAGAGGAUGCAAAGAGGCUCUCAAUUAAAGAAGAACAAGUGGAUCCAGAGUAUGAAAGCUGUGCUGGGCUGCACUCAGAACUGGGACAAAGCAGCUGAGGGACCAGUUUGCCUCGGCACUCAGAAACGACUUCUGCAGGCAUGUCUGAAGACGACCCAGUCGAGGACCUCUUAAACUUGGAUCGUGUUCAUCAAAGAGGGAAAAAUCUCCUGAUUGGACGCCAAGAGCUGAACUGAUUCUCAGGCUGUAAUUCAACACUUCAUUUUGUUUACACGCAUGAAUUGUUGUUAUUGUUUUAAUAAUGUCUAUUGCAUUUUGUACCUGAUGUUUUUAAUUAUUUAUUUUGAACUUGAUAACCUCAUUUUUUUCAGUUGUGAAGAAAAGUCCUUCACCCGAACCCUAAGAAUUUGUUGUUAUAAUUUGUUAUUACUUUCUUGUGCAGCAUUAAUAAAUCCAGAAAUGUAAUCCAG